GAUUGAUAUUUUCAUUUUCACCCAGACUCAACCCAACUCAACCCCCUCACUUGAGGGCAAAUGACCCGGGCCCACCCACAGUAUACCAAAAUACUACACAAAAUAUCAAACCAAAACAACCCCAAAUACCAUUUGGCCCAUUUCCAUUUUACAGUAUUUUAGUCUUACUCACAUAUAAAAUACGACUCCUUUUAUUUACUGUACUACCUAUUCAUUACAAAGUAAAAAUCAUUCUAACACUCCCCUAAUAAUUGACUUCCAAGUUUCCUCUUUCAUUUACUCAUAUUCACAUAUAAAUACUACUCAUUAUUACCAACUCGUUAUUAACUCAAUUUUUUUUUUUUUAUUUCUCUUUUUAAAAUUAUUUAUUUUGGAAACGGCCAAAGACCAAUAAAAGCUUUUUUGUAUAUAUAGAACAUUAUAUGCCUCUCUCCCCUUUGAUAAAGUGAAGCUACGGUCAGUAGUUCCACUUUGUCUCUCAGGCUCAGUUUUCGCCGGAACUGUUUCGGAGAAGAUUUAAAUUAAGUAAAUAAAAAUAAAAUCUUUUGGACUCCGAACAGAAUCUAAACAAAGAAGAAAGGAAGUCUUUUUUGCUGAACCAUUUUUUAUACAUUAGAAAGAUUAAAAAAGGAAAAAGAAAAGAAGAGGUGGAAUCGAAUGGCGGUGAAGGUAGCCACAACUGGUUUGCAAUGGCCGAUUCUUCCUCAUUCUCCAUCUUCUUCACAAACGCUGGCCUCUGCCGCUAUAUAUUCUCCUUCUUCUAAGCGCCGAAGCCGUGGAGACGGAGCCACGCUCGUGUGCCGGCACGUGCGAAAAUUGCAACGCUCCUCCCUGUUCGGGACUACGUCGAUUAGGCUACACCGUUCUUGGUCAUGUGAGAUGCCCAAAUCUGAAUUCCGUACUAUUCGGAGAGCCUCUACCGCCAGCUUAGAGUCAUUCUCCGACGAAGAUUUCUCGAAGAACAUUCAAGAAUUGGCGCUUAGAUUCCAACUCUCAGAUGACGACGACGUUGACGAUGAAAGCACGGGCUUCUUCAGUUCUUUGUCAGAACUCGAUUCCGAGCGUAAUAGUUUCAGUUAUGAAGGUUCUGUAAUGAAGAGCAGCCUCAAAUUCGUAGAUAACCGGACUAUGUUUCCAAUGGAGCCGCCGUGGCCGGGAAUUAAACAGGAGCUGCCAGAUUGGACCAUGAAGGACGAAAUUAUUCCGGCUAGUAUCGAGCGGAAGGCGAACAGCGUCGAUCUGCCUCACUCGCUUCGAAUUAUAAAGAGAAAGAUACAAUGGCAAGAUAGUUUUAGGGAAGCUGGUGAAUCGGCUUAUUGUUCUGUGAAAAAGGCCUUUUCUUCCAUGGUGUUCAUAAUAAGAGAGCUCCAUAGUUACACUCUACAAAUGAGUGGACUUAUCUACUGCGAAGAGUUACAGGACGUUCUAAGCCGGGUCCAGAAGGAGAUGCACGCUUCUUUCGUGUGGCUAUUCCAACAAGUGUUCUCUCACACGCCGACCUUGAUGGUCUACGUGAUGAUUCUUUUGGCGAAUUUCACAGUUUAUUCUAUGGGUCAUGACACUGCGUUUGCGGCUGCAGUUUCUCCGUAUGGAUCUUACUCAACUGCAAUGGAGGCUGCUUUGAUUGACGCGCAUGACAAUAGCCAUCAUGGCAAGUUUGAUUCUUCGUCAGUUAAGUCGUUUUCAGUGUCGUCCGGUGGUAGAACAACAUCAAUUGGGGGAAAUAAUGGCGGUGGUGGGGAUAGUCGGCCGGUUGCUAGUGGAACCGACGGGGACGGUGGAUUUAACGAUUCUGAUCAGUUUCGGGGUGUUUUGCCUGAUGGGGCUUCUCAAAUGUCCUCAUUUGGGACUAGGGAAGCUGCAGCAGCAGGGUCCUCUGUUUCAGACCAGGAGACCAGAGAAGAAGAGUUGGCAUUAUGGGGUUCUAUUGUGGACGAAGCCGCUUCUUUCAGAGACGAAGCUUUGGACCAACAAACAAUUCGGAAGUUCGUUUCUCCGGUGAACGCGAAGAUUGAAUCCGAUAAUUAUGAGGAGUUUGUCAGAACCGAUCUCGUUUACCAAAUGGGUUUAUCUCAGAAUCCCAGCAAUCCUCUCCUCUUGGCCAAUUACGCUCAAUUCCUUUACCUCGUUGCUCAUGACUACGACAGAGCAGAAGAGUACUUUAAGAAGGCAACUGGUGUGGAGCCACCAGACGCCGAGGCUUAUGACAAGUACGCAACGUUCUUAUGGAGAGCCCGAAACAACUUAUGGGCUGCCGAAGAGACCUUCUUGGAGGCCAUUAAUGUCGACCCUGCCAACUCUUACUACGCUGCUAACUACGCUCACUUCCUUUGGAACACUGGUGGCGAAGACACCUGUUUCCCUCUCACCUCUGAUGAUACCAAUGAAGAUUGUUAAAAAUAAAAAUAAAAAAAAUAGAUAAAUGAUAAAUUGCCUGUCAGUGUCGAAUCUACCACACCCCACCUUAUUUUUCUCUUGAAAUUGGUCACAAAUAAAAUUCAAGGAAAAAAAAAAUAGAAAAUUAGCUUUUAUUUUAGGGGAUAUAUGACAUGGCUUUUUUUUUUUUGUUAAUUAUUUAAAUUUUUAUGUUUUUAAAAUUUUGGCCAAGGGAAGAAUGUGGAUGGUCACCUGGCCGUAGAAUGGGGCUAUGUACAUGAUGCGGCUACAAAUCGGCAGUGUUUGGCUCUGCGUGUCUAGUGAUUAGUACUCUCGAGAUCUACUACCACCGCCUGGGACUUGGGUUAUGCUUUUUGCACAGAUUUUUUUUUUUUGUUUUGUUUUGGUAGACACGAACACAUGGCAAAUGUAAUUAGCUUUUUUUGUUAAUAUAAUGCCAUUUCAGAUUAAAUGAAAAAGGAAAAACUUACACCA